GUCUAUCAGUUUUGUCCCUUUGCGCACACGGUAGAAACAGGAAGUACAUGGAAAGCUACAGCAAAAUAAAAACAAAUCGAAGCGAAAUUGGCUGAAAAUCGCUGCGAAUCAAAAAUGGCCAGUCCAGAUCCAAAGUCAAAAAGUAACGAUUCAAGCUGCAUAUUUUUUAGCACUGAUUCAGAAGACUAUCAAUGCGUGAUUUUAACAGUAAAGCGAGCCACAGGAACCUUCUCAUUAGUAGGAUGCGUUUUCAUGCUGUUUGUAAUCUGGCUGCUUCGCAGGUAUCACUCUUUGGCGCAGAAGAUGAUUCUUAGCCUGACUGUAGCGGCCUUCUUUGACAGCGUAGCAUAUGUCAUGGGUGAGUCCCAAUCAGAUGGAUCACUUUGUGAUUUCCAAGCCUGGUGGCUAACGUAUUUUGACUGGAGUGCCUUGGCUUGGGUUUGCCUCAUCACACUAAACCUCUACCUCAACCUGGUCAGAGAAAUAAGCACCAACAGAUAUGAAAUGUUUUACCAUCUGAUGGCGUGGGGGGUACCUUUGGUCAUGGCCUCGCUGCCGCUGUUCAAGGGUUACUAUGGCCCCGCAGGAGCCUGGUGCUGGAUCACAGACGAUCACGUAGCCUGGAGAUUUGGGAUAUGGUACGUGCCUCUUUUCGUCCUCAUCUUCCUGAUGAUCUUCUGCUACGCCAGGAUCAUCUGCGUGGCCAAUAAGAGAAUGCAGUCAUGGCUGGGAACUUUCAACCCAGAGCGAGAGAGGCGCAAGGUUUCCUUGGCGGAGGAGAUCAAGCCGUUGAAGUGGUAUCCCUCCGUUUACCUGCUCGUGUCCAUCUUUCCCCUCAUCAACAGGCUCCAUAACGCCUUCUACCCGAAGGCACCGUCCUUCUCCCUCACACUUCUGCACGUCCUGUCGGCACCGCUCCACGGCUUGGCCAAUGCCUUUGUGUUUGGCCUGGAUAGGGAUUGGUGGAGCCUCCUGAGCCCAACUGGCAUGAAGCUGGCUCUGCAGUCACGGCUCUGUGACAGAACACGGAUUGGAGAGUACCACCCCGGGGCGGUGCGCUACAUGCAGGCUGACCUGGCCGACCUGAGCGAUGACGAUGACACCAAUGUGCUCUUCUACUCUCCUGACAUGACCCUGAAAGACCGAGGGCCCUGAGAGAGCGGGAGGGAGGGAGGGAGAGCGAGGGAGACAAAAGAGAUGGAGGGAAGGAACACGAAGGAGGGUCAGAGCCAGAGAGAAACGCAGCGGAUUAGAAACUGAGAGGGAGGAAAAAGAGGUAGGGAGGGAAUGGAAGGGAAGAUUGUGGGGACAGUCAGGCAGAUAGGAGCCGGAGAUGAGCUGUCAGGUUCCAUUAUUAAUCCCCAUCCUUUACUAUUUAAUAUCCUAAAGACACACACACCACACAUACUGAACAGAGCUCCAGCUCAGCGCAUUACUACAAGAGAAGAGGAAGGACUAGGGCGCUGUAAAGAUCCUCUCGAUGUUAAACGCAUCUGCUUCUUCCCAAAAAGGUCUUGAAACGAUUUCCCUCUCUGCAUCGUAUUCUGUACGUCUGCAGCAUUUCGGCAGAACAAUAAAAUGGAGAAAAAAAGAACCCAUAAGGACCGCUGAAAGGCAGUCAUAACAAGGUGUUCCUUUAGCAUUCUCUUUUCACGUCUCUGCAGGAGAUUAGUUGAAAAGCAGGCCUUUAAGAUGUAUCCCGUGUGUCUGACGUGAAAGCAUCUGCAUCUACCCUGAGAUUGAUCCUGCUACUGAACAAUUUUCUUGCCAACAGGGGGGAUGUGGGUGCGGAGUUGAACUACAGAAGUGGGAGGGGUUAUAAACAGUCAAGAUGCCUCAACAGGGCAGAUAAAUCCCAAAGCACCCAUGUCACCUUCCUCACAGUAUUUGUUUUCUGCCUGUUUUUUGUUGCUGUUGAUGCAACUGCUGCACAUGUAUUCAUUUCUGGAAUGUUAUUUUGUAUUUUUUUUAAAUGAAAAAUACUACACUUGUUUGUUAUACACUAUUUACAACAGAUCAAUGUACUGUACAUAUUUAACUGUACGCUCUAUUUUUGUACUUUGCCUUGGACCGGGAUGUGACGAAACUUCUUUUCUUGGUCCAGAUCUGCUGCUCGGCGGUGUCAGUCAAGCAGAGCCGAAUUCAACGCGCACAGCCUUAUGAACAACUACAGAGAGAUGCUUUUAGUCAAAUAAAUCCCCUCGUAGAAACAAACACAUGGAUACUUUUUUUAUUUACUUUUUAAAAAUUUGUUUCUUUAAGGUGCCUCUGCCAGCCUGUUUUGAAGUAAGGAACAGUGUCGCUGAUUGUCAGGCUAAUAGCAUGAACCACCUGCUAUGCUCUACCACAGCCCAUUUGGUUUUUUCUGGUUUAAAGCCUUGAUGACGGUGGGAUCUCUCCCAGCCGUCAGCUCCGUCUUUGCUAAACUGAGCUAAGAAAACCAACUCUUGACCUUUUUGUUUGAAAUCUUUUCUGCCGAGUGUCAGCCACACCUGGGUGAAACUUUGCAGUUCACAGUCACACCACCGUAUCACCCACACUGGCACCUUGCCCCCCCUCUCUUGGCACUGUUGCUCGCUUGAUUUGACUGUGCACUCCAUCAAAUAAAUGAGCAGGAGAGACAUUUCAUAACAAA